UACAAUUCUAGAUUGUGGCAACAACUAAUGUUUUCUGACGGAUUUGUUUUUUUGCUUGCUGUUUUUCUGUGCUUUUUGCCGGUCAGGAUAAAUAAAUAUGAGAGGUGGUUCUCGUGGUGGUCGAUCUGCUAGGGGUGGGCGCUCUGGCCCAUAUAAACCCAAAGUAUUCAUUCCUCGAGUCCCAUUUGACAUUUACGUGUGUGAAUCAUUUUUCCCAAGAGUGAAACUUGCACCUGAAGAUGCAGCUUUAACACAGAAUCAAGAGGAUGAAGAUAGUCUUAAAGCCAUUUUAAAAAGGAACCAAGAUCUUACUUCUACCGCCCAAGAACAAACUGCUGUUCUUAAUCUUGUUACAAAGAUUCAGACAGUUUUGGACAAUCUUGCUCUUUCCCCCGGAACCUUUGAUGCUUGUCAAAUUGAAGAAGUUCGUCAAGUUGGUUCAUUCAAAAAGGGCACAAUGAUGAUUGGAAAUCCAGUUGCUGAUAUUGUAACUAUCUUAAAAACUCUUCCUACUGUGGAAGCUGUUCAAGGCUUAGGUUACAAGGUUUUAGAUGAAUUGAAGGCUUUAGAUUCAGCAGAAAUUUUAUGUAUUGCUAUGAUUGAAGGUGGCUUUGAGAUAAGUUCAACUGAAGCCUCAGUGAAAUGUCUGAUCACAACUGUUCCCCAGAAUCUAAGAAAACUUGAUCCAGAAUUGCAUUUGGACCAAAAAAUACUUCAACAUCAUCUAGCCGCCAUCCGCCAUGCACGUUGGUUUGAAGAGAAUGCUCACCAUUCCAGUAUUAAAGUCUUGAUCAGACUGUUCAAAGAUCUGAGAAAUCGCUUUGAUGGUUUCCAACCUUUAAAUCCAUGGAUUUUGGAUCUCCUGGCACAUUACGCAAUCAAUCAUCAUCCCAGUCGUCAACCUUUAGGACUUAAUAUUGCUUACAAGAGAUGUUUGCAGUUGCUAGCUGGUGGAUUAUUUCUUCCUGGUUCUGCUGGAAUUCCUGAUCCAUGUGAAGGUGGAACUGUUCGAGUUCAUACGUCAAUGUCUUUAGAGCAACAGGAUCUUGUAUGUCUUACUGCUCAAACUCUCCUGCGUGUUAUUGCACAUGGUGGAUUCAAGCAAAUAUUAGGAUUAGAAAUUCUUCCUAAUCUUGCAAUCGAGAUGAGCGUUUGGGAUGGAGUUGUGGUUUCUCCAUUGAGUAAAGCUUAUGAGAAACCGGUUGACAAGAAAGAUGACGAAAAUUCUGAAGAUAUGGAUCAAGAACAAGAUGACACUAUGGAAACUCAAGACUAAUGAUUUUAAUGAUGACUAAAAUGCACGUUCAUUGUAUCUUAUAUUGGUCUUUGUAUAUAUCUCAUCAUGUAAUCCUUUUUUUAAAAAGCUGUCUAUCCAGUUUCUUAAAAUAAAUAAUAUUAUGCUAGA